ACAGAAUUGGGUAUAACGUUACUGUAAUCCAACGACGUUUUCUGAUAACACAGUAAUGUAACAUUACAUUUUAAAUUUAUAUCGUUUGAUUACAGUUACUGAUGGCAAUAAAAUUACGUUAUGGGCAUUUAUAAAUUUAUAGUUAUGAAAACAAUAUUAUGUAAGAUGUAUUUUUAAAAAAAAAAUCACGUUUUGUACAGCUGCCAGGGGCGUAACCCGGCCUGGGUAUUAGGGGUUGUAGCCCCGAAGAAUUUUUCUUUGGCUCAGAAUAAUUUUCCACUUGGAGCAGUUCGUCACUACGUAACUGAACAUCAGUAAAAGAAGAGGCGGUGUUAUGUUUUAUAUCUUCAGUGAUUGGAGGCGAGACCAGUCAGACAGUAUUUAUGGGAAAAUACGUGGAAACACUCGUGUCUUAUUGGCUGACGGAUCUCAAUUUCUGUCAAGUGCUAGUUCACAGUCAGUGUGAGGAAAAAUGGAUAUAUGCCUAUUUAUUUAUUUAUUUAUUUAUUUAUUUAAACCAGUGAAAGGGUUGAAACUAAAAGAGUAACAUCCUCUGAUGCUGAGCAGGAAAACAAGGUGUGUAAAUGUUUGAGUUCCAGUUUACGUGAACAUGAUAUGAGCAGAGAAAUUAAGGAAGGAUAAUGUACAGCUGCAAUCAAAAUUAUUCAACCCCCAUUGCAAAUCAGGUUUAUUGUCAAAAUUUACAGACUGUCAGCUGUUUGCGACAGUCUUGUGUAGUAGCACUACUUUCUAUUAUGUCUAUGGUAUUGUUCUCCGCUUAAUAUAUAUAUCCGUUUGCUUGUAUUUCCUCAUUUGUAAGUCGCUUUGGAUAAAGGCGUCUGCUAAAUGAAUAUGUACUGAGCUGGAGGCCAUUGGUCAUGAGGAAUGGGCUAAGAUUCCUCAGGAACGCUGCCAGAAGCUGUGCAUCUCGUUUGCAGCAGGUCAUAACAGCAAAAGGGAGCUCCACUAAGUACUGAAGAUGCUUACCAUGAAGGGGUUGAAUCAUUUUGAAACUGGAGAAAUCAUUAUAAGUUGCAUUUUCAGUUGAAUUUGGGGAAACCACUUGAAGCAUUGGUUGUGUUGAACUAUUUUAACUGCUUCUGUUUGAUUUGUUCACUGCAAACAGCUGAAAGUCUGUAAAUUUUGACCGUAAACCUGAUUUGCAGUGGAGGUUGAAUAAUUUUGAUUGUAACUGUACUUUGCAAUACAUUGUAGUAGCUAAACCCAUACAGUGAUGUAGUUGUGCCUCCCCUUGGCUAGCGACACCAAACUAGCCUAGUUAGAAAAGUUUUAUGUUUUAUCGGUCUGAUAAUCCUACAAACAGUGACAAGUUUUAUAAUAAAUCCAACUUUUUUGCAGUGUAUUUUUGUAGGUUUUAUAGGUUUUGAAAGUGAAGUAAUUAGUAAUCGGAUUACUUUUUACAUGCAGUAAUCAGAUUACAGUUUUAAAAUCGUAAUUAGUCAUCUGUAGUGGAUGACUUUUUCUGAGUAACUUACCCAACGCUGCUGCCAAAAUCUGAUCUAUUUGCUGUUAUGGCAUUAUUCUGUACGUGUAAACAGUGCUUGUUAUCUGAACAAGCAAACAAGGGGACAGGAUUUGGCUGUCCCGCCCGAGAUUGCUCCACAAUAUUUGCUUGGCCAGCAAGGCACAAGGAGCUUGACAAAGGGAGGUGCGACAGCAGGAAUUUACUGUGCUGCCGGUGUUGUCUUUUUAACGGCGAGGCCAAAUAGAAGCUUUAGAAGCACAGAUUUGAUAACGAGGAAGGCUUUGCACUGAAAUAUUGACCAAUCUGUCCAUCUGAAAGUGAUUUAUUAGCAAACCCCGGAGUCCUCCAAAACAACGAGGAGCAUUUAAAAAAAAAAAACAUAAUAGUUCUGUGCACUGAUGUAUUCUUGUUUUUAACUGAAUCUACAGUGCGUGGGAGUUUUGUCUUUGUUAAAAAAGGAAGGAUGACAGGGAAGAAACAACUUCUUUGGUAGAAUAUGACGUGGUGCUUAUGACCCUGUAACCCAGCGCCGUGUCAGGGAAUGGGAAUCACAAAGAAGUCCGGUUACACGGUGACGAGCCGCAGCAAACCAGGAGUUAAGAGUGUGUCAGAGUGUGAACAAUGCAAAUGGGAGUGAGCGAGCGAACGAGUCCGAUACUACGUUAUGAGAGGAAGAAGGAUUCCACACUGUCGGAGUUUUAUCUUUCUUCCUGCUGCCAGCAGUCCUUUAGAUAGCCCGAGAAAUGUGUCGGCCAUCGCCUCCCUCAACUUCCCUUUUGCCCGCAGCCACCUGGCUCGAACCGACAGGGCGGAAGGUAGGAGGUGGUCACUGGCCUCACUUCCAUCAUCUGGCUAUGGCACCAAUCCACCCAGCUCCACUGUCUCUUCCUCAUCCUCUUCCCAAGAGCGCUUGCACCAGCUUCCAUACCAGCCCACACAAGACGAGCUCCACUUCCUGUUCAGACACUUCCGUAGCUCAGAGAGCAUGACCGACGAGGAUGGCCGAGGCUCAUCUUUCAUACGCCCGCGCUCACGUAGUCUUAGUCCUGGACGAACGAGCGGCUCCUUUGACAGCGAGACUGUGAUGAUGAACCAUGUUUACAAGGAGAGGUUUCCGAAGGCAACGGCGCAGAUGGAGGAGCGCCUGCUGGACAUCGUCACGCACUGUUCCGCCGACAGCACUUUACCUCUGGGAGACGGAGUGCUGGGUUUCAUCCAGCACCAGCUGGUGGAGCUCGCCAGGGACUGUCUGGACAAGUCACAGAAAGGCCUGAUCACCUCCCUCUACUUUCUAGAGCUGCAGGAGAAUCUUGACAAGCUGCUACACGAGGCGCUGGAGCGUUCUGAGAGUGAGGAGGUGACGGUCAUCACCCAGUUGGUGAAGAAGAUUCUCAUCAUCAUAUCGCGUCCUGCAAGGCUGCUGGAAUGUCUGGAGUUUGACCCUGAAGGGUUCUAUCACUUGUUGGAGGCAGCUGAGGGUCACGCUAAAGUUGGCCAAGGCAUCAAAACGGACAUUCCUCGUUACAUCAUCAGUCAGCUAGGCCUAACUCGAGAUCCUUUAGAUGAAGUGAGUCAGCUAGAGGAAAACUACGAUUCUGGGCCCUCCACAGAGGAGUCUGAUCUGAAUAAAACCGUGCUCACCCCACCCCGAAGGAAACCACUGGAGAGUGACUUUGAAACCAUAAAGCUGAUCAGUAACGGAGCGUAUGGAGCUGUGUACCUGGUGAGACACAUUGAAACUCGCCAACGGUUUGCAAUGAAAAAGAUUAACCGGCAGAACCUGAUCCUGAGGAACCAGAUCCAGCAGGUGUUUGUAGAGCGGGACAUCCUGACGUUUGCAGAGAACCCUUUUGUCGUCAGUAUGUUCUGCUCUUUUGAAACGCGUAGGCACCUCUGCAUGGUCAUGGAGUAUGUGGAAGGUGGUGACUGCGCACAUCUGCUCAAAAACAUGGGCCCGCUGCCGGUUGAUAUGACCCGAUUGUACUUUGCGGAGACCGUUCUAGCUUUGGAAUACCUUCACAGCUACGGCAUCGUCCACCGAGAUCUCAAACCUGACAACUUGUUGAUAACCUCAAUGGGGCACAUUAAGCUGACGGAUUUUGGCCUCUCCAAGAUUGGUCUGAUGAACAUGACGACAAAUCUCUACGAAGGCCACGUUGAGAAAGACACCAGAGAGUUCAUCGACAAGCAGGUUUGUGGCACGCCUGAGUACAUCGCACCGGAGGUUAUUCUGCGGCAGGGUUACGGAAAGCCUGUAGACUGGUGGGCUAUGGGAAUCAUACUUUAUGAAUUUCUGGUGGGCUGUGUGCCCUUUUUUGGAGACACACCAGAAGAGCUUUUUGGUCAGGUUGUCAGUGAUGAUAUCAUCUGGCCAGAUGGGGACGAUGCUUUGCCGGUGGAUGCCCAGGACUUGAUAACGCGUUUACUGAGACAAAGUCCUAUUGAACGACUUGGGACAGGAGGAGCAGCAGAGGUCAAACAGCACACAUUCUUUACCAGCCUGGAUUGGAAUGGGCUGCUUCGCCAAAAAGCUGAAUUUAUCCCUCAGCUAGAAGGAGAUGAUGACACUAGUUAUUUUGACACUCGAUCCGAUCGCUAUCAUCAUUUGGUUUCCGACGAAGACGACGAAACGAACGAUGACGAGUCUUCCCUUGAAAUUCGACGGUUUUCCUCGUGGUCGAAUCGUUUCAGCAAGGUAUACAGCAGCACAGAAUAUCUGGCCACGCCGUCCAAUCUGAGUUUCUCCUCUGACCGAAGUCACAGUGAAGAGCACGAGGACCGUUCAGACGGCCGAGAGAGCCACUCCCCUGGAGAGAUGCACAGACAGAGCAGCACAGGAGCCCCGGAUAACAGGAGACUCUCGGGACAGCGACCGUGCCUGCGACCAAGAGCCUCAUCCAGCUCCUCCCAGCCAGACAGGUGUGUAAGCCCUCUGGUGGCGAGCAGUACACACAGCCUGGAAGCCAUGCCACGCGUCGCACUCUCCACCGAUGAUGAAGCUGAGGUGGUUGUAUCCAACCUGAGACGAAUCAGGCUGCGUAGCAACAGUACAGGAACAAAGCACUCGUCUCCAAGGGAACACAGCAGUCCACGAUGUUUUGGCAACCAGCUUGAAACUCCUGACAGACAGCAUCUCUCUCCAGGGGGCAAAGUGCCAAAAUCUGCCUCUGUGUCAACACUGUCCCUCAUCAUUACUCCAGAUGAUAUGAGUGGAGGUCUUCAAGCCAGCCCCAUUUCCCCACACUCCAUUUCUUCCAAUCCCUCAUCCCGAGAUUCCUCCCCAAAUCGAGACUUGUCCCUCAGCUUCAGCUGUCUGCGGCCUCCCAUCUUUAUCCAUAGCUCGGGCAAGAAGUACGGCUUCACCCUGCAGACUAUCCGCGUCUACAUCGGAAAUAGCGACGUGUACACCAUCCAUCACAUGGUCUCGAGUGUGGAGGAAGGCAGUCCUGCUCAUGAGGCUGGUCUGAGAGCAGGAGAUCUGAUCACUCAUGUGAAUGGAGAGUCAGUGCAGGGACUGGUGCACACAGAGAUGAUGGAGCUACUUCUUAAGAGCGGUAACAAGGUGGCCUUGCAGACCGUUGCCCUAGAGGACACCACAAUCAAAAUCGGACCAGCACGGAAAACUAGCUACAAGGGCAAGAUGGCCCGUUGCAGCAAGAGGAGCAGGAGAAAGGACAACCAGGACCGACGUCGAACAGUCCUGAAGAGGCUGUCUAAGCAGAGCACGGUGAUGCACAGCAGUCGCAGCUUCUCCUCUGGCCUCCAUCACUCUGUUUCCUCCAGUGAGAGUUUGCCUGGCUCCCCGACACACAGCCUGUCCCCUGGACCUUCCACACCAUGCCGCAGCCCAGUUCCGGACCACGCUGCUGAUGCAAACUUUCCCCAAAGUGGCUCUCCGUGCUCCAGCUCACCAAGUUCUCCAGCUGUCCAAAUGCGGCCCAGCUCGCUACAUGGCCUGGGAUCCAAACUGGGCACUCAACGUUACGCUAAAGUCGGCCGGCGCAAGUCAACUAGCAGCAUCCCCCCAUCACCGUUGGCGUGCACCUCCUCCCCCCAGGCCCUGUCUCCACAGCACUCCUCUUCUCCUUUACCCAGCAUCACCAAGACCCUUCAUUCCUACCAUGGGAAAACACUCUCCCCUCCUACUAUUGUCCGUCACGGGGUUCGACCCCGAAGCACCGAGAUUCCUGUCUCACCACUGCUGAAGAGAGUCCAGUCCGCUGAAAAGCUCUCUGGUGUCUUCCACGGAGACAAAAAGGCCCACGGUCCACGACGGCACACUUUAGAGGUUCCUCACUGUGAGUUGGACGUGGCUGGGGAUGCAGACGUGGAGUCUCAAUAUGGCUCGGACCACGGCAGACUCGGGGCGUUUGCCGCUGGCCAGAUUGUGGUGAUGCGAAAGCUCAAUCUGUCCGAACGCCGCGACUCCUUCAAGAAGCAAGAAGCCGUGCAGGAAGUAAGUUUCGAUGAGCCGGACGAAAGAGCUGGACAGACUCCAGCCACGCCGAGCUUUCCGGCCGACACUCGGCCCAAGCACAGAGCUGAGUGGAUGGUGUCAAACUCUCAGUCCAGGGAGGAGUGUGUGGUCAGGAGGGUACCUCUGGUCCCCCAGAUCGCUGUUCAGGGCUCCGAGAGCGAGGAGCUGGAGGACUGGCAGCCAUGUUCUGAUGAGGAGGACGAGGGGAAAAGCACAAGUGGGAGCUUGGACUCGCACCCAGAAGACAAGGGAAGACCAGAGAGUGCGUGUUCAUCCAGCGUUUCAUCAGAUGGCUCGUCAGUGGUGUCUAAGAGCAAAGGUCACGUUACUGACGCGGAAGAAACCUCGAGCAUGAGUCCAAGGAAGGGGAAACUCCGAGGAAAAUGACUUGGCCAACGUUGAUGUCACUUUAAUAUUCCACACCUGAGUUGACAAGGACGUCGUCUGUACUCCUCUCACAGCGCUCCUGCUGAACGAGUAGAAGUGAGAGCGAUUGGGUUGGAAUGCCACUUAGUGUCUUGUAAAUUCAAUUUAAAAAAUGAAGUAAGCUAGAUUUUUACAGGGGAAUAUUUAUAGUUUUUUAACGCGUGUUGGAAUAUUCAAACGAUGGCGAAACCUGAUGGUAACCAGCUGGGAUUUUGAACCAUCAAACGGGGAAUGACGACAUUUUUAUGAAAAUGUAUUUUCAGGAAGAAUGUUUGUAUAUCAAGUGUAGCUAACAUUGGUGAAUUAUCACAGAAGACUAGGUGUGAGAAGAAGAAUCAGGUAGUGUUUUAAGCGAGAGCUAAACAUAUGAGCAUUUGGUUGGUCUGGGUUUUCAACUUGUCAGUAUUUUUGGCUUAUUGGACUCCUCUGUCUAGUUCAGUUCUCACAGUUGUACACAAAUUUUACUGUAUUCAAUUCAGUGUAGGUUUUUUUUUGUGUGUGUGUGUGUGUGAUCCACUGCAUUUGGCACCAUCUAACCCCACUUUUACGUAGGCUAAAGGUAUUUCGGCUCAGGGCUUUUGGCUGUAGAAAUUUCACAGUUCACUCGGUGUUUGCAAGGUGUUCAAUUUAUUAUCGUUUUUUUUUUUUUAAUUAUUAUUAUUAUUUUAAUGUUUGUACAGAUUUGAUUGCUAGAUAUUGUGGUGCCUCAAAGUUAACUUAUAGAUGGUAGUGACUCUUUUUAACCGUGUGACCUAGUUUUAUGUUGAUUUUAGUCUGAUUUCUACUGUGUAUAUUACUUGUUCUGGAAACUAUGCUAACUGGAAAACUGCGGAGAAUUUCCACAGGCAAACUUGAAUGGGUCCCCUGCUUCAACUGCACUUACUGUAGGGCUCUCGAAGCUUUUCUCAGUUUCCUAAAGCAAUGAUUUAUUCCUGCAGACAUCUCGUUUCUUAAAAAGUGUGGGGUUUUUUUUCUUUAAAAAAACAGCUUUCAGUGAGUAUAAAACAUUCAGAUGUACUUGCAAUGCAUAUUUAUUCAAUCUUAUUUAAGUCGUCCUGUCAAAUUCACUUAAAAAAAAAAAAAAAAAUCACAAUUUUACAGGACUUCAAUUUUUUUUUUUCUUUCCCCUACAUGAACUGGGUGUGCUUGUUAUGCAUGUGAUUAUAAUGUGGUUUCUAAACCAUGUUGUUUUCCAUAUGUAUUCCGUAGCUUGUUUAUCUAACUACCUAUUGUAUAGGGCGAAUGUUUACAUUGUUUAUAUUGACUUGAGGAUUUGGUGGUUUGUUUGGGGGUUUUUUUGUGCAAAUCAGUGUAUCUUAGCUUGCCCUUAGCAACUGAAUUUUCUAAAUAUGUGAAAAUGCAAAUAAUAGAAGUGCAGCUUCCUCUUAACACUGAUCUGUUAAACCAUGUCCUCUCCCCAAAAUCUCCUUACAGUGUAAGGAUUUUCCCCCAAAAAAUACAAAAAGCCCCAAAUGAUGGUGUUUUUCUGUAUAGUACUACAGUUUGAUGAACGUUAAUGAUUUCAACUGCUUAUGGGGAAGAAGGUCAUGAAUUUUCAACUUAAUUAGCUGAAAGCUUUUUUUGGAGGUGGGAGAUGAACAAAUAAUCUUUUUUUUUUUUUUUUUUUUUUUUUUUAGUUGGAUUUUUUUUUGUUUAAAAGAGAAACUCUCCUGGUACUUUGGAGUCUCCUAUCGUACACAAUUGCAUCCUGCUACUAUCUUUUGGUGCUACAUGAAUCUGUAAUGCAUUCCAUGUUUGAUGGUAGUUAAUGUCUCAUACAGGCUACUUUUGAGACCGUUAAAUAAUAGCAUGCUGCAUGUACUUUAUAGUGAGCACACAGCAAUUGCAUUCAGUGCAACGUGUCUCCUGGUUCAGUACGACCAAGCCUAUAACUUUGUCAAGUUCGCGGUGGUUCUAUUUGGUUCGAAAGUCCUAUUCAUUUUUAAAAUAUUACUGCUCACUAUAUAUCGUGGCUAUAAGUUAUUUGUUCUUUCCUAAGUAGUUGUGUAGCACCUGAACCUCCUUAAUUAACCAGUGGUAAUAUCGGUUGUUUCUGCUUUAUUUUAUCCUGUCCAGGUUUGGUCAAAAAGAACUAGAAGUUAUGCCGAUGACCAGCACAAAAAAAAAUCUAUAUAUCCAGUUUUGUAUAUUUAUAUGCAAUAGUGAUGUUCUUCCUCCUCCAUUUCUUCACAUCUGUGAAGAUCAUUGGGUUUUUUUUUUGGUUUUUUUUUUUGGGAUCAUUGGUCUGUGCUGGUUUGUAAAAAUGCUUUUAUAUCAUAUUUUUUGUAAUGUUGUUAUACUUGUUGGCCAGCCCAGUCAAUGCUUUGUAAUAAAUCAUCCUGUGUUGGCUCUA